AUGAGUGGAAAUUAUGCCGAUUAUCCCCAGGAAGUGAAAGCAAUGCCCGGUUAUGAUAGCGAUAGGUUUGUGGGACUCGACGAGCCCUAUAGGCAGGAGCUGUUGUGCGGCAUUUGCGCCGGUAUUCUUCAGGAACCGCUGUUCACCCAAUGCUGUCUUCAGACCUUUUGCAAGGAGUGUAUCGACGCGUGGCUUAAGACAAGUCAUACGUGUCCUCUCGAUAGGAAACCGUUGACCAUCGCUGGGUUAGCCCAACCGCCCCGACUUUUGCUGAACGUGUUGUCAAAGUUGGAGAUCAGCUGUGAUUUCAAAGACAAAGGCUGUCCAGAAGUGGUAACUCUGGAACAGUUACCAAAACAUGUCUCUCAAUGUCUUUAUAAUAUCAUCAAAUGCUAUAAAUGUUUUUGUGAUUAUCAUUCAAACGGUGGCCACGAAUGCGUCCAAUCAUUGCUUCAAUUGAAUAAAACGGCAAAUAAAGUGGUCGAAGAUCUAAAGACAGAAAGGGAUCAACUGUUGGAACAGAUAAAACAAAUGUCCGCCAAUCAGAGCAUACCUAUCAUUCAAAACAGUCGACGUUUACCACAAUUUCCUUCACUGCCAACGACAUCAAACCCAAUGGCAAACGUGAUCUCUGAAUACGAGGCGAUCGUCAGCUCCAGAAGUCAGUCAUCUUUGAUACAAAUCGUAGAAAACAAUUUAACAGAAGAGAUGUCAGGAGUUGUGAUGUCUAUCACCAGCGAACAGAUCCACGAAAACACAAGCCUUUCAAUCAUUUGCGAGAAUAUUGUCCACAAACUGAACGAUACGUUUGGGAGGGAAUGGCAGUGCAGUGCGGGCUUUAGGACUGGCCAUCACUCGUACCGGGAUUUUAAGCCACAAUUUCAUUUGCGAAUACACUUUGGUUUAGAGAUCACUGAAGAGGAGGCCAUCAUUUGUGCCAGAAUUGUGUCAUUGGAACCGAAAAUAAUACAAAACCAUUUGAAUAGAAAACAAACUCAAAAAUUGUUGUCUAUUGUGAGGACACAACUGAUGCAAAACAAUACUAUUUCUCUCAUCUGUAAGAAUAUUUGCCACGAAUUGAACAACGAUUUGGGUCUCAAUUGGCACUCGUAUGCCAGAUAUGGACAGCCCUUUCACUCGUCAUUUACCUACGAAAAGGAAUUUCUCAUUGAAUUGCAAUUCAAUUCAUUAUAUUUUCAAAUCUAUAAAACGGAAAUUUGA